CGGUCGUCCAGUUAUUCCCACCACCUCAGACUCACUCCAGCAUUCGACAACUCAAUCUCUCCUGACACUCACCGGCACACUCUCUCGGCAUCUCCUUCGACCAACUUUCUUUUUACGCCUGCAGACGCCUACCCUGUCUCCCGUAGACCUCGCCCAACCAAGUCUUCCUCCGCGUCUUCCUCCGCAUCCUCACCGUCGUAUCCCUCGACACCCAGAACACCUACCAAGUCUGCCUCGUCGCCCCUCCUACGUGCCCCUCACUACCACCAACCUGCCACCAGCAAAUCUGCACCCGACACCCAACACAUUCGCAUGCGCACCUUUCACCACCCGCCAAACUAUCAGUCCGAAGACGACGAGGACACUGACGUGAAUCCAGGCGAGGGAACUCCGAUAUAUACUGCCUGGAGGAGUAGGACAUGGAGUAACAGCGCUGGCGAUCUUACACGUCCCAGCACGCGUGAUCCUGCAUCGAGAGCCUCCCCACGGCCUGACAACUCGAGCGCUUCUGAAGGUAACACUGUUCUCCCGAAACGUCUAAAUGGCACGUCGGCAGGCCUCAGCACAAGUCUACGCGCAUUCGUAGGCAGUAGUUGGCGUGGAAAGACAAAAUCCGCGCAUAUAACUACAAAGGCAGGUCAGUUGGGUGCUGGAGAGACAGAGACCGAAGCUGACGAACCUCCGCGGCACCUCCCAACGACGCGAAUAUUGCCUGCUUCUGCGCCCCUCGUGCCUCAAAGCACACUUACUUCUGUACUCUUCGAGGCUUCUCGCCUCCUUUCCGUAGUGCCUGCGCUCGUUGGUGCAGUGGUCAACAUAUGGAGUAUAUGGCGUCCUCCAAGAGGAAUCAUCCAUAACUCGGAUUCCAGUCCCGAAUGUCAAUGGGACAAAUGGGGUCGUCAAACACUGCCUGAUCGAGGAGACUAUUUCAUCGCUGUGCUCUGGGCAAUUUUAACAGCCGCCCAAUGUCUGGCGCUUACUACCGGCCUCCUCCGACGUUGGCAAGCAUACUACCCACCCCUCCCGACGCUCAUCCGUCUCUUAGCUCUACAAGCAAUAUGCUGGCCUGCCACACAUUUCACGCUAAAUGUUCUCGGCAGUCUAGGUGCAAAUGCAGACUGCUUCCUCGAUCGCAGUGUCUCGCGAGGAGCACUGGAACUAGAACUAGACACCAUCCUCCUGAGAUGGACGACCGUGCGGCCCGAGGUAUGCUGGGCUGUCAUUGGGACGACGACGUGCGUGAGUAGGAGCAUACAAAUAUGGGUGACGAGUAACCUUGUAGCGACGCCUUCCCGCGCAUCGUCACCCAGCAAGCCUGGGUACGCGUCGAAGCACACGUCGUCUUCGUCGUGCACGUCAGAGAUGUCGCGAAGGGGUGGAUCCAAUGGAUCUUCCAAUUCAAGGUUAAAUCUAAAUUCAGGUGCUGGACAAGGAGUUGGGAAAGGUAUGAUACCACCAAUAG